AUGGAUUUCUUGGAUCAAUCGCUCGACAAAUGCUUCCUGACGAUCUUGUCGAUCCACAAUGGAGUAGAAAUCGCAGUAAUGGCACUUAUGGAAGCAGAACGGGAUAUGAAGGUAGAGCGAUCGGAUUUGGGCGGAUUGUUCAGCGUUUCGCACCAGUUUGUGUGCGGACAAUCGUGGGAUGGUUUACGAGAAAGGAUAGCCACUGUGCAAGCGUUCUUGAUUCGAGUCACAGAAGACGGCAAGGCCCAACCGGUGCCACUCACGCAUGAUCGUACUCUGCUUGGUCGUUUGGACGACUGCCAAGUCCGGAUCCGCUCUGGGAAGAUCUCCCGUCAUCACUGCGAAAUACUCAAUGAUGGUGAGUCUCUAACGCUCAAAGACCUUGGGUCGAGCAACGGCACCUUUCUCAACCAAGAGAAGAUCGAAGAGGCGGUUCUGAAGCCCGGUGAUUUGAUCGCAGUGGGUUCAUUGGUAUUUUUGGUCCAGUUGAAUGGGGAUCCUGAAGAGUUCGAUCCUGAGUUACUCUACGAGGAUGGGUUGCCAGAACGACCUGAUGCGAAUCCAGAAUACGCUGCAGCACAUACGCCCAAGCCGGUCCACCAGCACGCGCCGACAGCGACUGGUGAUGAUUCAAGUAUGAUGGAUUUCAACUUCGAGUUUGAUCUUGAUGAUGAUGAAGACGAGCAGCCGCCGCUCUGA